AGCGGAAGUUGCGGUGUAGUCUCCUCGCGCUCUCGCUUUCGAGCUUGGCACACAGGAUAGAGAUUUUCUGGAGUUCUCCUACUAGAGCCAUGAACAGGUGUUUCAAGAAGUGAGGCUGGAGAGAUUCUGGCCACAGUGGCUGCUGUCGGGCUAUCUUAACCCCGCCUCGGAAGGAGCCCUUGAUGUAGCCCGUGAGAGCCGCCGGCCUGGAGCAUUCUGGGAACCAGUUCGGGGUGGUUCCGCGGUCGCUGACUGGAUGCGCCAACCAGAUUCACCGGCCGGAUCUGGAUGUGCAGAAACCAGAGAGGCUUUCAGACUGAGGGGUGAAGAACAGCCCAAACAACAGAACUCCAUCUUAAGGUGAAAUGACUUCUGACUGGCCUGUAACCUACGUUCAAAGCAGACACUAGACUCUCGAGUCUGGGACCGUUGUGUUUCCUGGCCCUUCUACCCUAGCAGAGCAGGACUGGGAGAAGAUUGUUUCCUCAAAGAGCAGAGAAGCUAUGGAGACUGUGACGAAAUGGACUCAACCCCAGAAGGCAAAAAGUGAGAGCUGUGGAGAGUCCGGAGCCAUGAAGAGGAGGACCAAGAGCCCAGGUUCUGUUUUAUCUACUCUGGAUACUUACUGGCCCCAAGAAGAGAAGAGGCUGUUUACAACAAUGGAACCAGUUACAGUCAAAGACGUCACCGUGGUCUUCACGGAGGCCGAAUGGAAGAGACUGAGCUCUGAGCAGAAGAACCUCUACAUUGAAGUCAUGCUGGAGGUGUACAGGGAUCUGCUCUCCUUGGCAGACCCAAAGCCAGAAAGUGACCCCUGUGCCUACUGCCUUCUGGCUUUCUCCUGUCAGCAGUUCCUCAGCCAACAUGAGCUUCAGAUCUUCCCAGGCUUCUGUGCAGAACAUCACUUCCACCCUAGGGGGUCCAGCCCAGGGCCUCAGAAGCAGCCAGAGCAGCAGGAGUCUCCUCAGAGCUGCAGGAGUGCGAACACACAAGGUCAGGAUUGCACAGAGCUCACAACACACGCAUUACGGAGAACAGGGCAGAGAAAGACUUCAAGGGGUUUCUCCAGCCCACGCCGAAGACAGUCAGCAAGCAAUAAAGUGAUCGAAUUCAAGUCCAUCUCAGCCAAAAGGGUAGAAGCAGACAAAGUGUUCAAGGAAUUAAAUACCCCAAAAUUUGGAGCAGUCACCUCUAGAGAGGAAGGACGCGACUGUAGCCUGAAGUCAGAACUCAGCUCCCUCUUCCUGAAGAAGCCCUAUGUCUGUAGUGAGUGUGGACGACACUGUAGGAGGAAGUCAGAGUUCAUCAGACACCAGAGGAUACACUCUGGGGAGAGGCCUUUUGUGUGUAUGGAGUGUGGGCGAGGCUUUAGCCAAACUUCAAUCCUCCAUGUGCACCAGAGAACACACACCGGGGAGAAGCCACAUGUGUGCAAGGAAUGUGGGCGAGGCUUUCGUCAGAAGUCACACCUCCUUGCACAUGAGAGAACACACUCAGGAGUGAAGCCACAUGUGUGCCAGGAAUGUGGGCGAGGCUUUCAUCAUAAGUCAUACCUGCUUGUGCACCAGAGGAUACACUCAGGGGAGAGGCCUUAUGUGUGCACAGAGUGUGGCCGAUGUUUUAAAAGUACAGCCAAUCUCAGUGUGCACCAGAGAACACACACACGGGAGAAGCCACAUGUGUGCAACAACUGUGGACGAGGCUUUCGCCAGAAGUCACACCUUCUUAUACACGAGAGAACACACUCAGGGGAGAAGCCACAUAUUUGCAAGGAAUGUGGUCGAGGCUUUAGUCACAAGUCAGUCCUGCUUGUGCACCUGAGGAUACAUUCAGGAGAGAGGCCUUAUGUGUGCACAGAGUGUGGGCGAGGAUUUAAAAGUAAAUCAACCCUACUUGACCAUCGGAGGACACACACAGGAGAGAAGCCAUACAUGUGCACAGAAUGUGGAAGAGCCUUUGCCCAAAGAUCAAACCUCCGUAUGCAUCUGAGAAUACACUCACAGGAGAAGCCACUGGUGUGCAUGAAGUGUGGACGAGGCUUUAUCCAGAAGUCAAACUUCAUUGAGCACCUGAGAACACACUCAGGGGAGAAGCCACAUAUUUGCAAGGAAUGUGGACGAGGCUUUAAUCACAAGCAAUACCUGCUUGUGCACCAGAGGAUACACUCAGGGGAGAAACCUUAUGUGUGCACAGAGUGUGGGCGAGGCUUUAAGCAAAGGCCACACCUCCGUGCACACCAGAGAACACACUCAGAGGAGAAGCCUUUUGUGUGUGAGGAAUGUGGACGAGGCUUUAAGCAGAAGUCAUACCUCCUGGUGCACCAGAGAACACAUUCAGGGGAGAAGCCUUAUGUCUGCGCAGUGUGUGGGCGAGGCUUUCAAAGCAAUUCAGUCCUCCUUGUGCACCAGAGGAUACACUCUGGGGAGAAGCCUUUUGUGUGUGAGGAGUGUGGACGAGGAUUUGUCCAAAGAUCACACCUGCUUGUGCAUCAGGGGAUACACGCAGAGGAGAGGCCUUAUGUGUGCAUACAGUGUGGGCGAGGCUUUAAAGGGAAAUCAAACCUCCUUGCGCAUGAAAGGAUACACUUAAAGGAGAAGCCCUUUGUUUGUAAGGAGUGUGGACGAGGCUUUAACCAGAAUGCACACCUCCGUGUACACCAGAGAACACACUCAAGAGUGAAGCCACAUGUGGGCAAGGCUUUAACCAGAAGUCACAACUCCUUGUAAACCAGAGAACACACUAAGGGGAGAAACUUAGGUAUGCAAGGAAGGUGUCUUUCAUCUGAAAGCACAGCUCCGUGAGCACCAGUGAACAGUCGAGUAGAAGCCACACCUGUGUAAUCAUUGUAGGGGAAACUUUAGCUAUAAAUAAACCCUCAUUUGACAUCAGCUGACUGAUUCAGGAGAAGCCCCAUCUUUGAGGAGUGCGCCUGAGGUUUUAGCUAGAAGCCACCUCGUCAGACAUCAGAAAAGACAAAUAGACAUGUGAAGCCAAUGAUUUAACUGUAAAUCACUUGUAUAUACCAGAUGUGUUAGUCUGGGUACUUUAGAGAAACAACUCCACAGAAACUCGUGUGUAAGAGGGAGUUUUAUAUAAAG